AUGGUCCUUAACUUUGAGGAAGGGUGGUCCUCCUUGCAGAAAGGUAUUACCGAGCUGAUAAGGAAUAUAGAAGGAGAGCGUGAACCAGCAGUUAACUCUACGCAACAUGUGAAUCUUUACACAACUAUCUACACUAUGUGUACCCAGAAACACACUAAUUACUCACAACAGCUUUACGAAAAUUAUCGUCAAGUAUUUGAAGAUUAUACUAUCCAAACAGUGUUGCCAUCCUUAAGGGAGAAGCCUGGUGAAGAUGUGCUAAGAGAGCUUGUUAGGAGGUGGAAGAUCCAUAAAAUUCUGGUCAAAUUGUUAGGCAAUAUCUUCCAUUAUAUCGACAAUUACUAUGUUUUUCAUAGAUCCUUGCCAAAAUUUGUCAAUGUCCUUGCAAAUAUUAUACCACAGGUUUAUCGUGAGAUGCACUCCACUGCCAAAGAAGCUGUAUUAGCGCUUGUUCAUAAAGAACGUGAGGGCAAACAGAUUGAUAGGGAACUAGUGGAAAACGUGUUAGAAGUCUAUGUGGAGAAUGGGAUGGGUACUAUGGAGAAAUAUGAAGAGGAUUUUGAAAGAUUCAUGCUUCAAGAUACUGUAUCUUACUAUUCUCGCAAAGGAUCAAUGUGGAUCAAGGAGUGUUCUAGCUCUGAUUAUUUGCUAAAGGCAUGUCGCGGACUAUGUUUUCAUUCGAUUUCAUGA